CCUGAACAUGUCGCCCAGUUCAAAACUUAGUGAUUCAACCUGUGGAUACUCAGUCAACUCGCGAAAAGCAUAGUCGUCCAUCCAAUCAAAACUGCAUGACCUCAACACGUGCGGUCAGUUGUAGUAGGAUAUCAUGCUAUAGAGAUACUAAUCAUGCACGACGUAGCCAUCCCUGGAUGGGCAUGCCGAUAUCUAGCUUGGCUGAUACAAACCCAGUGUGACGGGAGUCUUUUGCUCGAACGACAGGUCUCCCGACAAGAAAGAAAAGCGAGCCAAAUGGUCACGGGUUCGACGAUGCCAAACCUUGUCUACCUACCGACUUCGUGGCACGCCAGAGCGCAGUCAAAGGGUGCUCGUAUGCCAGCCCACCUGCAGCCCCUCCUCUUCUGCUCCUUGCUUGGGAGAAUUAGCACCACGAAAAGAGCCAAUUCGGGUUCUUGGAUGCCAGAUUUUAGUUUCGACCGGAGCAAUGGCCUGAUCCCUGGACGCGGUUCGGUAGGUCAAGAUAAAAUCCAGGGAAACGGGAGCGGUCAGACAUCACUGACGCACGCGAGACGGCGGCAACCUAAACAUGAAAACUUGUCGGAAUACACUUUGAUCAACAUAGUAGUAUACAUCCCGAUGCUGAAGUGAAUUCUCGCCGUGCUGCCGCUCUCGAAGAUUAUGCAAACAAAGUCUGAUUGUACAAGCAUAUCUUGGGUGUAUCUCACCGGCUGUCCACGG